CUAUUGUUAUUCUUCUUUUUUGUAUAUAAAAAAUUAUUCAGGCUUUUCAAAGCUAAGUCUGAACUUAUGCAGGAUCAGAGUAUCCAAGCCCGACAAAUGUUCAGACUGGAUACAUACCCAGGCCUAUGAACAGAUCCACAGGCCUAGUUUCAGUGUUUCACUUUCUCUCCAAAAAACGACCUGUCGUUGGUUUCCUACAGGAUCUUCUACGGCAGUUCACUAAAAAUGGACGAUCGAACAGCUCAGUCUCCAUCAUGGAAUGGCCACCUUGCUGGACUCUCUACUACCAAAAUGCACAACUCUGUCCCAUGCCGAGCAAAUUCAGUGCCAUCUCAUAACCACCGGCCAUUUCCAAUUCAAAAUCUCCUCUUCCCGCUCAAAACUCCUUGAAUUCUUCGCCUUGUCUCUCAAUAACCUCUCCGUAGCCAUCAAAGCUUUCUACCAAAUCCUCACUCCUUCAACAAACGACUGGAACGCUGUCCUACGAGGUCUGAUCCAGAGCCCCGACCCAAUAGAUUCCUUUAAAUGGUACAAAACCAUGAUCCGUGGAUCCUAUAAAGUAGACGCAUUGACUUGCUCUUUUGUUUUAAAAGCUUGUGCUCGCGUUUUAGCCUUUUCCGAGUCUACUCAGUUGCAUUCUCAUAUUGUGCGUAAGGGGUUUGUUGCUGAUGCUUUGCUAGGUACUACCCUGUUGGAUUUGUAUGCCAAAACUGGCGAUCUUGAUAGUGCACAGAAAAUGUUUGAUGAAAUGAUUGUUAAAGAUAUUGCUUCGUGGAAUGCUUUGAUUUCUGGGUUUGCUCAAGGGAAUAAACCUAGCGAAGCGUUGGGUUUGUUUAAAAGGAUGGAGGUUUUGGGGUUUAAGCCUAAUGAAAUAACUGUUCUUGGUGCUUUAUCUGCUUGUUCUCAAUUGGGUGCUUUUAAAGAAGGUGAAAAGAUUCAUGAGUAUAUAAGGAGUCAGAAGUUAGAUAUGAAUGUGCAAGUUUGUAAUGCAGCAAUUGAUAUGUAUGCAAAAUGUGGGUUCGCUGAUAAGGCAUAUUUGGUUUUUGAAAGUAUGAGUUGUGGAAAAAGUCUUGUUACUUGGAAUACAAUGAUAAUGGCUUUUGCAAUGCAUGGUGAUGGUGAUAAAGCUCUCAAGCUUUUUAAGUAUAUGCAUCAAGAGGGUGUUAGCCCUGAUGCAGUAUCUUAUCUUGCAGUACUGUGCGCGUGUAACCAUUCAGGGUUAGUAGAAGAAGGCUACAGGUUGUUUAAUUCAAUGGAGAGGAGUGGAGUGAUACCUAAUGUUAAGCACUAUGGGAGCGUUAUUGAUUUGUUGGGCAGAGCUGGACGGCUUCAAGAGGCUUAUGAUGUUAUCAAUUCUAUGCCAAUCGUGCCUGAUUUGGUACUUUGGCAGACUUUGCUUGGAGCUUGUAGGACUUAUGGGAAUGUAGAAAUGGCAGAAGUUGUUUCGCAGAAGCUGGUGGAAAUGGGAUCUAACCACGAUGGUGAUUUUGUUUUGUUAUCAAAUGUAUAUGCAGCAAAGGAGAGGUGGAAUGAUGUGGGGAGGGUGAGGGAAACUAUGAAGAAUAGGGAUGUGAAAAAGGCGCCUGGGGUUAGCCACAUUGAAGUUAAAGGUGUAAUACAUAAGUUCUACAAUGGCGAUAAGAAUCACGAAAGUUGGAGGGAAAUUUAUGCCAAGUUUGAUGAGAUUAGGUUCAGGAUUAAGGAGUAUGGAUAUUUGGCUGAGACAAGUUUUGUGUUGCAUGAUAUUGGAGAGGAGGAGAAGGAGAAUGCACUGUGCCAUCAUAGCGAGAAGUUGGCUGUGGCAUUUGGUUUGAUUAGCACUAGUGAAGGGAUGCCGAUUCAAGUGAUUAAGAAUCUAAGAAUAUGUGGGGAUUGUCAUAUUGUUAUUAAGCUUAUAUCAAAGAUUUAUGAUAGAGAAAUUAUUGUGAGGGAUCGAGUGAGGUUUCACAGGUUUAAGCAAGGUUCUUGUUCUUGCAGAGAUUAUUGGUGAAUCAAGGAGUAUUCAUGUGGUCAUAAAAUGGUUCAAAGAAUAAGAAUACUCCUUUUGGUAUUUGUACAUGCAGUAAGGAAGACGAUAAUGGGAAACACACGUGUAUAAGCCAUCUGGGUCUCCGUUGCAGCCUUGACUCUCCAUUGGAGCCCGAUGCUCUAUAUAAAGCAUGCCUUCCUCUGAUCACGUGGUUGCAGUUAGCGCUAUAACUUAUUUUCUUAAAUUGUAAAUUGAGAUAGGUUACUCUGUUCCAUUUGGGGUGGGGGGCAGAUAGCCAGACAUAACAGAAUAGAUAAGCAAUUCUGAAGAUUAACAGUUUUACAAGCAGCAAAAAUAGGAGGAAAGCUCUGGCUUGCAACCUCCUAUGAGAAUAACUAGACCAACUGUAUGUACUGAUAUUAAAAUGAAAGCAUGUUAUUAAGAAAUGAAAAGCUUUCAGAAAUGGAAACAGUAAUUUUACUCA